GCAAAUAAUUAUAUACCUUCAUACUUAUCAUCAUGUUGUGUUAUCGUAAACACUCUAUAUUUACCAAAAAAUACCACAUUUUCCUGAAUGAGAAUCAAAUUCACUUAGGAGAAGUAAAUUUUUUUUUUAAUUUUUAGACCUCUAAUAAAAUUAAAUAUACUAUCAAUCUUACUCAUAAAACUGUAAUUGAUUGGUCAAUCAAUUAAAAUACCAAAAAACUUAAUGGAUUUUGGUUGAUUUGGAAAUAUAAAUAAAAGUUCUUCUUUAUGGAUGCAACGAGUUGUAAUAAGUUUAAAUAAACUCUAAAUGGCAAUGUCACCUAUGGAAAAUUCUAAAUUCUCUAUGAACCUGUCCAUAUUUUAUAAUAUAGUUCUUUUGGUUCUGUAAUUAUUUCUAUUUUCAUAGAUCCUCUAGCUUAUAAAAAUGAAAUAUCUUAAUUCAAGAGAUUCAUUCAUGUGCAAAAAUAUUUAAAAAUGUAUACAAUACACUGAAAAAGUAAUAAAUUAAGUAAUAUAAUAGGAUUUCUAUUACUAAAUUGAAAUUCUAAAAUAAUUAGAUCAUUCUAACAUCUUAAAGUUAAAAGAAGUAUAUAAUAACAACUAAAAUUAUCAUUUCGUGUUCGAUUUUCCUGAAGGAGGUUCUUUAGCUGAUUUAAUCAAAUCCAAAUAACUAUCAUUCGAAGAAGUCAAAUUAAUAAUACGCGUAAAUUUUAUUAUUACACUAGUAAUUGAUUUUAACUAUUUCCUUUAUUCAUUCAAAAGGUUUUGUCCACAGAAACUUAAAACCAGAACAUAUAUUUUUUAAAGAAUCAAAUAACCUAGAAACUCUCCUUAUUUCUGAAUUUGAGUUGGGAUGCAGACAAAUUGAUUUUGAGAAUAAGUAAUUAAUUUCGUUUUUAUUGCUUAAGACGCCCCACUUCUAGAGUUCAUGGUUACACUGCACCUGAAAUUAAAUGUAAAAUCUAUACCUAAAAAUGUGAUAUUUUUAGCUGUGGCGUUAUUUUAUAUAAAAUGUAACUUUGUAUAUUAAAUUUAGUAUAACUAGAAAAGAUUUAUUUGAUCAUGAGUCAAUUACUUAUGAUGAAAAAAUGAUGUUGCAUUUGAUCAAUCAAUCUGGUAUAGAUUAAUAAUACCAAAAUUUAUUAAGAGCGAUGCUUCAAUUUAAUCCUGAUUUGAGGGCAAAUGCAGAGUAGUGUCUAGCUUUAAUAAAUAAUAUAUCGCAUCAAACUCCUUCUAACCCUAAUUUUCUCGAUAAGUUCUAUAUAGAUACCAAAAGCAUAAAUGAUGAAAUCAUCUCACUUAAUUGUAUUGAUGAUAAUAAUGAAAUAUCUGAAAAUCAUACUACUAUUCAAAAAUUGCCAAUGAUUUAAAUUAAUAAAAGAAUAGAAAUGUCACAUUGA